AGAAAAACAUUAACCUUACUUUUUAGGUAGUUCUAAUUUAUAUAAUUCAUUAUGCCAACUAUAUUGAUAUCCAAUAUGUAUAUUUACGUAUAUAAUAUUUAUGUUUAUGAAAAAUCAUAAGAAAAAUCUAAAUAGUGAUUAAAAUUAAUGAAAUAUAAAAACAAAUUAAAAUAUAAAAAAAAUCUAUGCGAUCUCAAAUAGAAUCCGGAGCAGAAUUGCUCGCAAGAUUAAAUAAUAAACCAAGUUUAUGUGGAAUUGAAAAUACGUUAUUUCUCGAGGGUCCUCGAAAUACAGAUAUUAUAGAAAUUAAUGGAGAACAAUCAUCUGGAAAAAGUCUUCUUUUAUCUCAAAUACUUGCAAAAUGUAUUUUACCAAAUUAUUAUCAAAUUAAAGGAUGUAAUGCUUCAGCUAUUUUGAUAAAUACUGAUCAUCAUUUUCAAAUUUCAAAAUUAAUUGAAUUAAUGAGUGGUAUUAUAAAUGAUGCUAUGUCAUUUGCAUCUGAAGCAAUGGAAAUAGAUUUUGAUAAAACAACUAUUAUUAAAAAUUCUUUACACAACUUGCAUAUUAUAAAUUGUUAUAAUAGUGAGCAAUUUUCUCUAACAUUACGUACAUUAGAUGACAUAUUUCUUGAUAAUACUAAAAUUGCACUUUUAGCUAUUGAUAGUAUAACAGCAUAUUAUUGGCAAGAUUGUGAAGACAAUAUUAUCACAAUUGAUACUUAUAUAAAAAAUUUAUUAAAAGUUAUUAAAAUACAUACAACUCAAUUUAAUAUUGCAACAAUAUAUACUAAAUUGAAUGAAAAAAUAUGUAAAAAAAGAAAUAAAUUAACAAAUAACAUAGAUUAUAAAAUAUAUUUAUCUAGAAUAAGUAAUUCAAAAAAUUUUAUAUGUACAUUAGAAACAUCGCAAAUUAUUAAAAAAAUACAUUAUUCUAUAUUAUCUAAUGGUAUAAAAUGGAAAAUAAAUAGAGAAAGAAAAUAAAUUCUAUUAUAUUUAUAGAUUUAAAAAAAAUUAAUAAUUAAAAAAAUAUUUUUUCCACUAUAUCCAAAGGAUUUAACAAUCUAGAUCCUGCUAGAAUGACAAAUGGUGUUUUUUUGUUGUUAUGUUUUUCUUGUACAGAUACUAUUUCUUGAAUUAUUUUUGCUUCUUCUGCAGUAAUUCCUCCAACAAUGUAUAUUAAAAUAUAAGAAUUAUCUCGAG